AGGAAACAUUUACACCAAUCGCUAAAGGUCUUCCGUCCAUGGUAGAAGUUUUAAAAAAACAAUUGACCUUAUCCGAAUCAACCGUACGAGAUCUUCGCGAGCAGGUACACACCCUGCAAACUGCCAUUGAGCAACUCACUCAAGAGAACAAUGAGUUAAAGCAUAUGCUACAAAUCAAAGGUUCCAGUGAUGGAAACAUGAAUGGGCAUGUUGUUGGAGAACAGGAACCUGAAUUAGAGCCAGUACAUGAUAUCAAAACGUCUACUAUACGUGGAAAUCAACGACCAGCAUCUAUGUAUGAGACUAGAGAAGGUCUACGAAAACCAGCAUGGUCAACAACCAUUUGUCAAACAAAACGCGACACUGAAGUAUUAUCACGGAAUAACACGCAAAGUUUGUGGGAAUGUGGCCUACCUAAUCUGCCACCCAGUGAAGAAGUAACUCGACGGACAGAACAAGUUACCAGGCGAAUUCAAGAGCUAUGGAUGGCUAUGCAAGAUCCAAGCCAACGGGAAGCCUUCGUUCCUUGCGCUGAGAGAAUACGUGUUGCUGUGGCCGAAUUAACAGCUAUAUUUCCUCAGAAUCCAAUUGAGGAGAAUAUCAGGUCUGCCUUACGCCAGUUAAAUGGCAAUACCGGAAGACUUCAAGCAGAAUGUUCCGGUCUUCAAAGAUGCACCAGUGAUGCCGAGCACAUGGAUCGUUGUUUGCAACAAGAUACUAGCAAAAAAAUUACAAGGCAUUGAGGAAGCUCGUUGAGAAAAUGUGAAUGAAGAUGCGGAGGGAUUGGGAAUUCCUGUGGAAGGUUGGAGGCGUAUUGAGUAAGACUGGCCAUGUUAAUUCGACUGCACCGGAA